CGCGGGCGGCUCUGAGGAGCCCGGAGGGAGCCGGCGACGAGGGGACCAUGUACCGGGACCCGGAGGCGGCCAGCCCAGGGGCACCCACCCGCGAUGUCCUGCUGGUCUCUGCCAUCAUCACCGUCAGCCUUAGCGUCACUGUCGUCCUCUGCGGCCUCUGCCACUGGUGUCAGCGCAAACUGGGCAAACGCUACAAGAACUCCUUGGAGACCGUGGGCACGCCAGACUCAGGGCGUGGGCGCAGUGAGAAGAAGGCCAUCAACGAUCUAGACAGAGACUUUUGGAAUAACAAUGAGAGCACAGUGCAGCAGAAAUGGAGCUCCUAUCCUCCCAAGGAGUUUAUUCUAAACAUUUCACCCUACGCCCCUUAUGGCGACCCACGACUGUCCCUCAAUUUCGAGGACUCCACCCUGUCCACGGCCACUACCCUUGAGUCUAUCCCCAGCUCCACGGGAGAGCCGAAAUGCCAGCGACCCCGCACCCUGAUGCGGCAGCAGAGCCUGCAGCAGCCGCUGAGCCAGCACCAGCGGGGCCGGCAGCCCAGCCAGCCCCCCACCAGCCAGAGCCUGGGCCAGCUGCAGGCCCACGCGGCCUCGGCGCCGGGCUCCAACCCCCGGGCCUAUGGCCGGGGCCAGGCUCGGCAGGGCACCUCCGCCGGCUCCAAGUACCGGGCGGCCGGCGGCCGCAGCCGCUCCAACCCGGGCAGCUGGGACCACGUGGUGGGGCAGAUUCGAAACCGAGGCUUGGACAUGAAAUCCUUCCUGGAAGGCAGGAUGGUGGUGCUAUCCUUGGUCUUAGGGCUUUCGGAACAGGAUGACUUUGCCAAUAUCCCUGACCUGCAAAACCCAGGAACCCAGCAGAACCAGAACGCUCAGGGGGACAAGAGGUUGCCCGCAGGAGGGAAGGCAGUGAACACAGCCCCGGUGCCAGGCCAGACACCCCAUGAUGAGUCUGACCGCCGGACUGAGCCGCGUUCCUCCGUCUCGGACCUCGUCAACUCCCUCACCAGUGAGAUGCUCAUGCUCUCCCCAGGCUCCGAAGAAGACGAGGCCCACGAGGGCUGCAGCCGGGAGAACCUGGGCCGGAUCCAGUUCAGUGUCGGCUACAACUUCCAGGAGUCCACGCUCACCGUGAAGAUCAUGAAGGCCCAGGAGCUGCCAGCCAAGGACUUCAGCGGCACCAGCGACCCCUUCGUCAAGAUCUACCUGCUGCCAGACAAGAAGCACAAGCUGGAGACCAAGGUGAAGCGGAAGAACCUGAACCCCCACUGGAACGAGACUUUCCUCUUCGAAGGUUUCCCGUACGAGAAGGUGGUGCAGAGGAUCCUCUACCUCCAGGUCCUGGACUAUGACCGGUUCAGCCGCAAUGACCCCAUUGGGGAGGUGUCCAUCCCUCUCAACAAGGUGGACCUGACCCAGAUGCAGACCUUCUGGAAGGAUCUGAAGCCAUGCAGCGAUGGGAGUGGGAGCCGAGGGGAGCUGCUCUUGUCUCUCUGCUACAACCCCUCUGCCAACUCUAUCAUCGUGAACAUCAUCAAAGCCCGGAACCUCAAAGCCAUGGACAUCGGGGGCACCUCAGACCCCUAUGUGAAGGUGUGGCUGAUGUACAAAGACAAGCGGGUGGAGAAGAAGAAGACAGUGACUAUGAAGAGGAACCUGAACCCCAUCUUCAAUGAGUCUUUUGCCUUUGAUAUCCCCACGGAGAAGCUGAGGGAGACGACCAUCAUCAUCACUGUCAUGGACAAGGACAAGCUUAGCCGCAACGAUGUUAUUGGCAAGAUCUACCUGUCCUGGAAGAGCGGGCCCGGGGAGGUGAAGCACUGGAAGGACAUGAUUGCCCGUCCACGGCAGCCGGUGGCCCAGUGGCACCAGCUGAAGGCCUAAGUGUGGCCACAGGAGGCCCAGGGGGCCAAGGGCCCGGGUCCCCAUCAUGCCCUCACCACUUUAUGCACAAUGCCCGGCCUGGCCCCCGCCAUAGGUGAGGGGAGGACCAUGAGGGCUUGGCCAGGGAGGGGGUCCCAGGAGUCCGUUGGGCCCCGUUUCUAGGAAGUACCAGCCUCAUCCUCCACCGGUCCAGCUCUGGGGGAGGGGCUUUGGGAGCCAUUUUCCUGCUUUGCCCCUUUCCUUCCUGACUUGCUGAUACUAAAGAAGUGGGGGAGAGUGUGAAGGCCAGACAGGCAGAUGGGCAGACCCCUCCAGAGACCCGCCAGGUGGGCACAGUCCCCCGUUUUCUUUAAGGCAGUGCCUGGAGUGGAGAAGAGUUGCCCUCUCCCCAGCUCCCGAUACGGGCCCCGGGGAAGGAAGGCCGAGGCGUUUGGCCUGGCCUGGCCAGGAGAGGCCCAUCCCAGGGCAGUUUCAGGUGCCGGCUGGGCCCUGAAUGCCAAGGAUAGUAUAUAGCCCGCUCCAGGGUCCUGGAGCCGAAGCCUGUGUACUUGGCGUCGCGUCCACUUUGUGUGUGUGCGUGUCGGGGGGUGGUACUCUUACCCUGUCCCCCUGGGGGCCACCUGUGCAGAGAGGGCAGGCUUUCAUAAAGUGGGGGAAGGAGGCCAAGAGAGGUCAAUGCACAGAGCCAGGGGUGGGCAAGGAGAGGCAGGUGAGGGGUGAGAGUGAGAGGUGGGGUGGCGGCAAAGGAGCAGACUCUGGAGCGGGACUGAGAACUUGGCUGCCUCCAUCUCCUGCCCGUCUCUGCUCAGAGCUCUCCCGGAGCUCCUUGCUGAGCGAUUUCAUCACUUGAACAUCCUUUCACACCAUUUAGGCCCCUACUGCGUGUACCACGUUCCACCAGGACUCCCCUCCCUUCCUUCUCAGGGGUCCCACGGC